GCGGCGCGGGGGCGGGAGCAGCGGAGGCGGCCGCCCCUGGCGCGGGUUUGUUUAUCCCGGGGAAGAAGUUUAGGAGCGUGAGAUAGGAAGGAGGGCGGGCUGGGAAGAAGGGAUGCGGCUCGGUGGAGGCGGCCGCCACAGGGACUCGCCGCCAUCACCUCCGCCGCCGCGGCCGCCGCAGCCGCCGCCUCAGCGGGAGAGGAGCCGCUGCCGGGACUGCCCGCCGCCGCCCCGCACGUCCGGUAAAGUAUUCAUCUGUGUGGCAUAUUGCAUAAAUCUUGGAAGACUGCAGUAAAGUGGCAAUGUCUCGGGAACCCAGCCCACCUCUCCCUGGAGAUAUGUCUACUGGUCCUAUAGCAGAAAGCUGGUGUUAUACACAGGUUAAAGUAGUAAAAUUUUCCUACAUGUGGACCAUUAAUAACUUCAGUUUUUGUCGAGAGGAAAUGGGUGAAGUGUUAAAAAGUUCAACAUUCUCAUCUAGCCCCAGUGACAAAAUGAAAUGGUGCCUGAGGGUAAAUCCAAAGGGAUUAGAUGAUGAAAGUAAAGACUACUUGUCCUUAUAUUUGCUUUUAGUCAGCUGCCCAAAAAGUGAAGUUCGAGCAAAAUUCAAAUUUUCCCUUCUAAACGCUAAAAGGGAAGAAACAAAGGCAAUGGAAAGCCAAAGAGCAUAUCGAUUUGUACAAGGGAAAGACUGGGGUUUUAAAAAAUUCAUUCGAAGGGACUUUUUGCUUGAUGAAGCUAAUGGUCUUUUACCAGACGACAAGCUUACAUUAUUUUGUGAGGUGAGUGUGGUCCAAGAUUCAGUAAAUAUAUCAGGACAUACUAAUACAAAUACUUUGAAGGUGCCUGAAUGUCGACUAGCAGAAGAUUUAGGUAAUCUCUGGGAAAACACAAGAUUUACAGAUUGCAGUUUUUUUGUGAGAGGACAAGAAUUUAAAGCUCAUAAAUCUGUACUUGCAGCUCGAUCCCCAGUUUUUAAUGCAAUGUUUGAACACGAAAUGGAAGAAAGCAAAAAGAAUCGAGUGGAAAUAAAUGAUGUAGACCCUGAGGUUUUUAAAGAAAUGAUGAGAUUCAUUUACACAGGAAAAGCACCAAACCUUGACAAAAUGGCUGACAACUUGUUGGCAGCUGCAGACAAAUAUGCACUGGAACGGCUGAAGGUCAUGUGUGAAGAAGCUUUGUGUAGUAACCUCUCAGUAGAAAAUGUUGCUGAUACCCUUGUCCUUGCAGAUUUGCACAGUGCAGAACAGCUGAAAGCACAAGCCAUAGACUUUAUUAAUAGGUGCAGUGUACUUCGACAGCUUGGGUGUAAAGAUGGGAAAAACUGGAACAGCAACCAAGCCGCGGACAUAAUGGAAACAUCAGGGUGGAAGUCCAUGAUUCAGUCUCACCCUCAUUUAGUUGCAGAAGCCUUCCGAGCACUAGCAUCUGCACAGUGUCCACAGUUUGGCAUUCCACGCAAACGGCUAAAACAGUCCUGAAAUCUUCCAUGAACUGUAGAAAAAUGGAAUUGACUUUUACUCCUCCAGGUCCAGAAGGAUUCUAAUAUACAAACCAUAAGCAAGAGUUGUUUCUGUUGUCUUGUCCACAGAACAGAAGCUGAAAAAGCAUAUUGCUUGCAUUUCAGGUGGAUAAUUUAUGGUUUAUUCUUCAGCUUUAAAUUAGACUGAUUAUACUCUAAUUCACUUCAAGGCCUUAAAUUAUCUUCAAUGACUUCUCUUGUUCAUAUAAUACUUUAAUUUUUUUAUUGUGCCUUGUCAUUUUGACUAAGGCUAUGCAGGAUUGCACUAGCUCCAUAAUGCAGUAAUAUUGAUAACUGAAGAUAUUAAGUUUGAAAAGGAUCUUCCAUUAGUUUGAGAAAAAAGCAAAAUGAAUUUUGUAGGGUUUGUCCUAUGCUGUCUCAAAGUUUAAAACUAGGUUCUUCUUAAAAGCACUUGUAUUGGAGAUUACUGAUAAUGUCUCCAGUCUAAGUUUUAUAAAUAUAGGAGAACCUGCUUACCUUCAAGGUAAGUUACGGCAAUACACUGCUUCAAUUCUAAUUUAUUUUUCAUUUCAGGGGGCAAAUAUGCAAUGAGUUGGCCCAAAUUUUUAGUAAAAUUUAUGAUGUUUGUCUGUGUGUUGACUGUCCAACAAACUAAGAGAAGCAUAACAAACCUUUGCUUGUGUUUUUUGUGGGUUUAUUCAAGUUUACAAUGAUUGAGGACUGAUUGAGGUUAAGAUUUCAAUAAAAAGAAAGCAUGUUUUGUGCUGAAUUAAUUUUUUUUAAUUUAUAGUGACCUACAUUUAUAUGAAGAAUUCUGUCCAUGUUGAAAGUAAGGAUGACCAAAUGUAAAUUUAACAAGUGGGCCAAUUAAGAAAGAUAUAUAUGCACUUUUAAUGUGUAACUUUUGUAUGCUAAAUGGUACAUAUUUUUUUUGUUUUGAAGGUAUUAAUAAGGUAUAAUUAAUUGUGUCUUAACUUUUGAAAGGAUUUUUUAAGACCGAUGGAGGCAAUUGGGAUGUUUGUGAUAAUAGAUAAGAAAGAUAUCCUUGAAUAUAGUUAAAUUGGUUUGAAUUUCAGAUAUUUAUUAUUGAAUUUAUUCCUGUCUUAUCACACUUUGGAGAAGGCAACUGAACAAUAAACAAAUCGUGGAUACUCUACUCUCCUUCUGAAAACAGUGAACUUACAUUAUUUGCAGACUAGAGGAGAGAACCUUUAGAAAUAUGUCAGGCCACACGCUGAAACCUUUAUUCCCCCCCUAGCUUUCUCCUUUCUGUUUCAGUUACUGUACUAACAUUGUGGAUGAUACUGAAAUUCUGCAUAAUGUGAACAGGAUAAACAAUUUAUAAACUGUUUUUCAUGGGCCAGUUCUUUAUUAUAAAUGAAUUUAGCUUUAAACACAUACACGUGUUCAGUGUUUGGAUAGCUGUGUUCACAGUGGAGGUCUGUUCUGGUGCAUUGUCCCAGAGAAGUAGGAGCGAUCAGUGGUAAGUCACUGCAUCUGAUUUCCUGUAAUAGUGACAGUAUACUUCUUAGGCAAGAUUUAUACUUGACCACAAGGGAAAAAGUGUCACUGGAAAAAAACACAUAUACCUAUAUAUAUUUGCAUAUAUACUUUAUUCUCCAGAUUAAAAUUUGUAUGAUGUGUUUAUUUAAUUUUUGAAUUUAGGACAAAAGGAGAAAAAUGAAGCCUGAGAUUUUAUUUUUGUUAUCUCUUUGUUAGGUAUUAACUGAAGCAAUCCUAAUAUAUAAAGAGUGAUUCAUAUUUACAUUAAACAAACAUUCUCGACUAAGCAUUUGUUAUCCACAACAAACUGUAGUUUGAAAAGAUCAUAUUUUCAGAUAUCUUCAUUUCUUUCUGUGUAGUUUAAUUGGAAUCUUUCUUAUGUUAACUUAAAUUUGAAAUUGGAAAAAUCCCUUGGGAUAGAAGGAUUCUUACAUGUUGUUGGACUCCAUCCUGUGUAAAAAUACUGUAGGGAGCAGAACCUCACUUCCUUAACCAGAUUGAGUCCAUUAAAUUUACAAUGUACAAAUUUAAUACACACACAUACAUAUAUACGUUAAGAUUUUAAUGUUUUGCCAGGGUUUUAAAAUUCCUCAGACAGUAGAAUGUUGUUUUCAAAAAAAGUACUGGUGUAUCCAUUUAUAUCAAAUGCACACAGGCUCAUUGUGAAUUAAUUCACUGCUUGCAUCUUCAUUUCUAACGAUGGUGACUUCAGUAAUAACACCUAUAUAAUGAACACUGCAGCUUGCUCCUACCUACUUACUUUCGUGUUUAUUGCAGAUCUUAAGGGUUUUAUUAUAAAGUUAUUUUUUGGUUUGUUUUUGUUUUAAGUUUGGUAGCACAUUUUGUACCAAAAACGUCAAACACUGUGCUGUGAGAAUAUCCACGUUUGUAGAAAUGUCCACUUUGCAGAUAAUAUAAUGCCUACCAUUAUACUAACAGAAUCGUAUCAUAGUUGAUUUAUUUUUUUUUUUAUUUAUUACGUGGGAAUUUUGUUUUUUGUUUGUUUUGUUUGGUUUGGUAUUGUGGGUUCUUGAGGCAAUGAAAAAAAAACUCAGUGUAUUCUGCGUGAGUGCUCUAAUAGCCUUUUUAUUUUUUCAUUUUGAAACUACACACAUUGUUUUCAGUAGGCACAGUCUCUGUCCUGAGCAGUUUUGCCUUUUAUCAGUCUGCUCUUGUUUCCCUUUUGUCACCUAAACAGAGCUUUUCCUUAGAAAAGUAGUGACUGGUUUUAAAUGUUACAUGUUAUUGAAGUAACCAUUGGAGAUCUGUUCAUUAGCCUGAGAUACAGAAACACUGUAUUUGUGCCUUUUUUGUUUUUAAAUUUUAACAUAUAUUGGUAUUUAGAGCACAAAUAUGAAGGUGCCAUAAUGUUAUGGCUUGCCAUUGUUACCUCCUUGAAUACUCGUGUGUCAUUGUCUUGAAAUAGUAAUUGGAGAACCAUGCAUGUAUUAUGUCAUUUUGGGUGUGUGUGUGUGUGUGUGUGUGUGUGUGUGUGUGUGUGUGUACGUACGUACGUACAUACUUGUGUUUGCUUGGACUUGUGUGUGGUAUGUUCAGAAGAGUGAAUUUCUGAAAAUAGGACUCAGUUAAAUGUUGAAAAUUCAGGUUAGUUGAAAUAUUUCAUUAAAUAUGCUUUAUUUUGGGGGACAGUUGAUAGGAAAUUAUAAUUUUCAAAAAUGUGACCAUUUACUGCAUGAUGAAAUGUGAAAACAGUGCCUUUUUAGGACAUCAGUUUUAAAGUUAAGUUUUAAAAUAUUCUCACAGAUCUCUUAAAAACUUAUCAUGAACAUUAUUAGCUUAUUUUUAAACUAGACCUAAGUUAAAAUUUAAAUUGCCAAAAGCAUAAUUACUGAUUUAUUUACCCACUUAAGUUUUGUGCAUAAAUGUAAAACCUAAGUAAAAUUUUUUAUGAAAAUGGUGGAUCAUAUAUGCUACCCAGUGUUACUAAAUUAGAACACUAGAGACUUCAGCAAAUUGUUUUGUUAAAAUCCAACUAAACAAGCUUUCCUCGUAACAAGGUAUUUGAAAGGUGAAUUAUUCUGACUUGGACAUUCUUGCUCUUUGAUGGAUAAAAUAAAAAUACUCCAUGUAUUCUUGCAAAAGGAGGUGGGUGGGUGGGUUUUACUAUUUUCAGAUUAUAAAGACAGCACUUUCAGCACAUAGAGUAUUUUGCAAACCUCUUUUAUACAGAUUAUGAGCUCUAUUUAAGUGUUCAUGGAAUGAUGUCAAUUUUAGGUCUAGUUGAACAAAUAUUGAGUGCCUACCAUAUGCAAGACUUCCUCUUCACUAGGAAUGAAAUCACCACACCGUGUCUUCUGUUUGCAGUAUGUGGACUUUAUGUUUAAAAAGAAAUUCUUAUAUUUAAAUCUUUUUCUGUUUGUUAGAGUUUAUCGUUGUAUACUGUAACCCAGUUAAUUUCACAUCCGGUUUUUUUAGAAUGAAGAUAUAACUUAAAUGAGUCCCAUUUUUGAAAAUAAAAUUCUGCUAAAAUUAUUUAAAAAUUAAA